GCCCCGGCAGUCGGUGCGUGGCCGCCGCGCCGGACGGACGCACCUCACCGGGGCUUCGGUGUCGCCGCUAUGGCCGACCUCGCUACUCAAUCCCCCUUCGUCUCUUCCUCCUCCUCCUCCUCCUCUUCUUCUCCUUCUUCUUCUUCCUCCGCCGGUCAGUCACAGACCCAAUUCGGAGGUUGCGGGGGUGCUGGCUCCGCCUCCUGCGUCGAUCCCCCCGCUUCUUCCUCUUCCUCCCAGCCUGUCUCUCUCUUUGCGGCUUCACCAGUGGGCGCCGAAGCGGCACCGGGGGGGCUCGGAAGUCGGGGAGCCUUCCUCCCCCCACCCCACCCCGUCGCUUCUUCUUCUUCGGGGACCCCCCCCCCAAAAAGAACCGGAUUCCCCCGAAUCGCCUUUCGAAGUCGUGCCGGAUCGCGCCGCCUUCGACCGGGAAUACGGCACCGCGUUGCUGGGGGAGCGCGAGGUGCUGAGCCAAAUCCCCGAGGAUCGCGUCUGCGACUUCCCGGUGAAACCCCGCGCCGGAAGCAUCACCGGCGUCACCGCCAAAAUUCCCACCGGAUUGUGUCGGCAAACAUCCGGCACCGCCGCGGCGCUGGAAGAGGUGUCCAAAUGCGUCCGGGAGAUGCACAGUUUCACCAACGAGUUGCUCAGCUGGGAUUUGGUGGAACGUAACGGCAUCACCGGCGACGCCGGCGGUAACGCCGGCGUCGAAGCCGACAGCUCCGGUGACUCCGACGACACCGUCAUCGAGGAAACGUCGGUCGAGGAUCCCCCCGUCGCUCUCCCCCGGCAACUCGCGGGCAUCACCGCGCCGCCGCUGCCGCCGCCGCCCCCCCUUCCCGAAACGCCCCCCCGCCCCGCCGCCGCCCGGGACUGGGAGGAAGAGCGGCUGACCCUGCGGGCGCUGCGGGAAUUGGGGGAACCCCCCCGGGAUACCCCGAAUCCCCCCGGGGACCCGGCUGAACCCCCCCAGCUCCUCCCCUGCCUGGCAGCCCACGACCUUCUCUUCUGGCGGGACGUGAAGAAGACGGGGCUCGUCUUCGGCGCCAGCCUCCUCCUCCUCCUCUCCCUGGCCGCCCUCAGCGCCGUCAGCGUCGUCGCCCACCUCGCCCUGACCCUGCUCUCCGUCACCAUCAGCCUCCGCGUCUACAAAGCCGUCAUCCAGGCCAUCCAAAAAUCGGAAGAGGGGCACCCCUUUCGGGCUUACCUGGAGCUGGACUUGACCUUGUCCCCCGAGACCUUCCAGGCUCACGUCGCCACCGUCGCCCUCCACCUCAACCGGGCGCUGCGGUUCCUCCUCCGUCUCUUCUUGGUGGAGGAUCUGGUGGAUUCCCUGAAGCUGGCCGUGGCAAUGUGGCUGCUGACCUACGUGGGAGCCAUCUUCAACGGCAUCACCCUCCUCAUCCUCGCCGAAUUGUUGGCCUUCACCCUCCCGCCCCUCUACGAGAAGUACAAGGUGCAGAUCGACCACUACGUGGGUCUCGCCCACAGCCAGACCAAGGACCUCAUGGCCAAGAUCCAGGCGAAGCUCCCAGGCCUGGCCAAGAAGAAGCCGGAAUAAAACCCCCGGGGGUGGCGGGGAAAUAUCGGGGUGCUCAGCUGGUGCCCCCCCCUUUCCCUGAGCUCAUCAGGCCCCCCCCAAACUCAUCCCCCCCCCCCCCAACCUCGUACCCCCCUCCCCAUCUCUCACAGUGGCGUCCGUCUGUCCUCCCCUCCUCCCCAAGCCUUGGACUUGGCCUCUGCUGUGGGGCUAUCGGGGAGGGGGGGGGCUGCACCCCAAAACCCCCCCUCCUGCUCUCCCCCCGGGGGGUUCUCCCCCCCCCCCCCCAGCUCAUUUCCCCCCCCUCUUAUUUUUUUUAACAUUAAUUGAGAUGAAAUGUCUGUAACUGCUGUAAAUUGGGGGGGGGGGGGCAAAGCCCCUUGAGGAGGGGCUCAGCCCCCUCCCACAGCCCCCCCAAACCGCACUGCAACCCCCCAGUCCCCUCCUCAAUCUGGGGGGGGGGGAACAGGAAACAGGGGACCCCCCCCCCCCCCCCCAACGCGGCCGCGGGGAUGCGGCAUCAAUAAAACACCGUGACGGAC